CUCCUGCCGAUUUAAUACUCAUCUCCCGCAGAGGGCGCAAUAUUUUUUGCGGCACAGGGCAUCCCAGCGUUAAAGGAGCGAGAUCCUUGGAUGUCCUCGGGUCUGCACCAUCUGCGUUUGUUAAAGCAGUUCACGUGCAUCAACGAGGGGGAUGAAAGAGGCUCCGAACGCGAACGCGGGGUUUGUUAGGAGGGCGAGCCCGACGCCUCAGAUAGCCGUGUGGUCCGGGCAAGAUCCAUGGAGACCACUGAAGACUCGCCGGAUGUCAACCUUCAGGCGACAAACGCAUAUGGUCCCGGUUCGACCCUGUCCCGACCGUCAACGGGGCCCACAUACCAGGCAGGAGCAGUAGAGAGCGUCGGCCCCAACGCUGCAAGCUUCGUAGCUUUAAUGUCUGUGAUGGCCAAGCUGGAGAGUAUUCUUAGACGCUACCUUUUCGAAGGUAUGAAGGCGAGUCGCGUGAGACGUCAGGAAGAGGACAUUUGGCGGACGACAUUUACUGAUGCUGUGCGCUUGCGUCUUGCCUAUCGACCGGGCGAGGAUUUUGUGUUGGUGUGGCUAUAUUCGCCGAUCGGGUACGCCAUUUCUCAAGCAAGGUCGGUUGAAGACUUGAGGGACAUGCUGGGUGACUACCUUUUCGCAGCUAUGGAAGCCAGUAAUCAAAGAAAGGAAGAGAAGAGGAGGGGAAUACUAACAUGUACUGGCGGCGUAAACGUGUCCUUUCCCAACGGCAAGGACGGGGAUAGCAAGCUGGAGAUCAUAUUGGGUUUCGAUAUCGGCCGAAACAUACACGCAGAAGCUUAUCCUAGCUAAGUUUUUGGGACUAAUUUGAAGUCCGUCCUGUCUACAACUGCACCCCACCCUCUAGGAAGAAGUAUGUCCUCCUUGUCCUUAUCCGUGUUCUAAGAGGUGACUUCUCUUACGCCCACACUUAUACGGCCAGAUCUAGCCUUCUAUGACAUAAGUCUAUCGUAAUCAACCGCUUUGAAAGUAUGCCAGUCGAUAUAUUCAUACGCGCCGUUGUUGGUUCGGUCGGGCUA